AUGGGGACAACCAAUUUUGCUCUAGCUGGUAUCGUGACCGAAAAGCUUACAGAAGAGAACUAUGAAAAUUGGAAAGAAAGUUUGAAAAGCUACUUGAUUGCUCAAGGUCUUUGGGAUGUAGUCUCUGGAAAGGAAGCUAAACCGAAAGAAUCCGAACCAAAUUAUGAAGCUUGGACUAGAAAAAAUGCCAUGGCCUUGCAUGCCAUGCAAGUUUCCUGUGGUGCAGAUACAAUUUCCAAGCUCAGGGGCAGUGAAUCAGCCAAGUAUGAGUGGGAACGUUUGGCGGAAAAGCGUCCACCGCCAUUGCCGGAGGGUGGUGGCUUGUUUGCAGACGAAGGAACUUGGAACAACACCUUUCAGUAUGAAGCCCUCUACAAGGCUGUGAGCAAAGGCGAUUGGGUGACCACCAAACAUUUCCUUGAUAGCAACCCACAAGCCGUGAGAGCGAAGAUCACAUUAACCGGUGACACUGCUCUUCAUGUCGCCGUCCUCACCGGGCACGGCAAGCUUGUGGAGGAGUUAGUGAGGCUAAUGUCCGACACAGACUUGGAACUCCGAAGUGGUCUCGGCUACACAGCCUUUUCCGUUGCAGCCAUCAAUGAAUUCAAAGAAAUGGCCAACAUAAUGCUUAGAAAGAACCCCAAUUUGGUAUGUGUGAAGAAUGAUAAUGGACUAAUCCCAAUUGUUGUGGCCUCCCUUUAUGGUUCAAAAGAUAUGGUUCGCUAUCUUUACUCCAAGACUCCUAUUGAAAUUCUGAGUCCUGAAAAUAAUGAUCGGAGUGGUGCCACACUACUUAAUUGUCUUAUCACAGAUGGGAUUUAUGAUGUGGCUUUGAAUCUGCUAAAAAAGUAUCCACUACUUGGUGUCACAGAAGAUUUUCAUAGGAACUAUGCAAUCAAAUUGUUGGCGCAUAAACCUUCGGCAUUUCCAAGUGGGCAAAAGUUUAUAUUUUGGAAACAGUGGAUCUACUCAUGUAUGUGUGUGAAACAAUCUGGGAUAAUUCACCACCAUGAUGAUGAAUGGCCCCCUAAAAAAUUUGGUGACGAUGAGGAAAGCAAUAUUAUAAGGUCUCAAGAAUGCUCAAGUUAUAGCAAUUGCUUAUUAAGACAAGUGCGCAGUUUAUUCAUUGGACUAAUUUGGAAACUCUUAACUUGCUUCGUCCCUGACAUGAAGCAUAUAUAUCAUACAAAGUUGAGGCACGCUCAAGUCCUUGAACUCCUUAACUGCAUUCUCAAGGAAAUUCUGAAGUUAAGUAAUACACAACUAGAAAGAAUUGGAUUUGAUCAAGCAAUCUACGAUGCGAUCAAGCACGGAAUAAUUGAGAUUGUUGAUGAGUUGAUUGAGUGCAAUCCUGAAAUAAUAUGGAGGAAAGAUAAAAAGGGUAGAACCAUCUUUGCUAAUGCACUUGUGCUUCGUCAAGAAAAGAUCUUUAGCCAUGUUUACAGAUUGGGUGCUAAGCUUCGCAUAGCAGUGCUUCGUCAUGAUAUAUUUGGUAACAAUUUUUUACAUCUAGCUGCCAAGCUAUCUCCUCCUUCAAGACUUGAUCGUAUCUCAGGUGGAGCUUUGCAAAUGCAAAGAGAAUUACAAUGGUUUAAGGGCCUUCCCGGUGGGUCCGAGUUUUCCAGAGUUAAUCCUUGGUGUUUGGAAGACUUUCGAAGGAACAGUGCCUAUCCUGAAAGUGCGGAUCCCUCGGCGGGUUGUAAAGGGCGGGCGGUUGUUGCUAGUAGGCUGCGUUGCGGAUACUUGCUGUUCUGUAGUUCGUCCACAGUGUCAAGGUUCUGGCAAAGGUUUUUGCUAUUUGAUUCCUCGUCCCACCGGAGCCUGGUGGAUGGAACUGAUAUUUCGGCUGGGAUGAAUGCUUCUGAACCAUAUGUCAGGGGAGAACGGUGUUUCGCCAGUUGA